AUGUUGAGAGCAAGACGAAACAAUCGCUUCCGUGUGCCAAGAGGUGUAGCCAUUGAGAUGAUAUCGGAGUUGCCGAACCCGAGCGACAACGACCCGUCGAAUUGGUCACCGACCUCCAAAUACACAGCGAUAGCACAAAACAUUGUGAUGGAUGGUCUUUCCGAAGUCGCAGAAAAUUGUGUUGAAAUUGGUCGAAGACAUAAGAUCUGCUGCUCUUGUGGACCGGGAGUGGAUUGUUCCAAGAACCCAGACUGUGAGUGCAGAAAUAUUGCUCAACAAGUGGCAACACAUUUCGACCCAACAAAAUCCAAAGAAAAGAAAGCAACUUUCUACAAUACAAUGAUCUUUGUUUGUGGAGGAGAAUGUUCCUGCAAUACAAGUUGCAGUAUGAGAGUACUGGACGUUGCCGAUGAAGACCAUCUAGAAAAGUUUGAGGCAAGAAGGCGAAGUAAAGCUAAAGGCUUCAACUGCUUUGCUAAAAAAGAUAUUCCUGCAGGAUCUUUCAUUGCAACCUUCAAUGGAGAGUUAGCAGGAGCAGAUGCUGUUAAUCGUCAGACAGGUGCUAAAAAGUACGCUCUUCUUUUGAUACAUCAUGCCGAAGAUGAGUUGACGGACUUCUAUUACGAAACAACAUUUGCCGAUGAUCAAUAUAGAACGUCUCUACUGAAAACCUGUAAAAGCGACAUGUGGAUAAACCCGCUGACGUACGGAAACUGUACCAGAUUUUUAUCACACAGCUGUAAGCCUAAUACGUCUUUUUGGAGAGCUUUCCAAGGUGGUAUUUCUCCGGCAGAUAUGAGAAUUUAUUUUGUUGCUGAAAGAAACAUCAAAGCUGGCGAAGAAAUAACAUUUGAUUAUGGACAACUUUACAAAUUGAAAAACUGUUUGUGCGAGGCCUGCAUUAAGAAUAAGCAAGAAGAAAAGGAGGCCAAGGAAAAAUUGAAAGAGCAACGCGCAAACGCGCGCCCCCAAAAAAAGAGAUCGGCGGAGCUGGAAUUUGAAGAUGAGGAUUCGAGGCAACCGAAAAAACUACGUGAAGUCUUAGCUAACAUUACCGACGUAUGA